CCGACCAUAAUCUUGGUCGGACGACUUUCAGGUGGUUCCAAUUUUUUUUCAGGUAGUCUUCAUUUUUUUUCAGGUGGUUCCAAUUUUUUUUCAGGUAGUCUUCAUUUUAUUUUCAGUUAGUCUUCUUUGUUUUUCAGUGGGUUUUUGUGCUUCAGUUAGACUUACUUGGGUUUCAGUUGGUCUUUAUUCUUUUUCAGGUAGUCUACAUUUUUCUUCAGGUAGUCUUCAUUUUGUUUCAGUUAGUCCAUUAUUUCUUUCAGUUGGCCCAUUAUUUCUUUCAGUUGGUCCAACUGAAAGAAAAGAAAGUCCAACUGAAAGAAAACAAAGUCCAACUGAAACAAAACAAAGUCUAACUGAAAAUGGAAAAUAGGAAAAGAAUGAAGAAAAUUAGUGGGCUUCAUCUUCAACAUCACAAUCAGCUUCAUCACAUACACUUCUUCAACAUCACGACAUUUCUGCUAGUCUGAAGUUUGCUGAGAAAUUCUUCAAUCCAUCUGUCACAUCCUCUUGCUUCUUGCUCAUGGAUCUUACAUGAAUGUUUUCAGCAGGAUAAUUAUGGACCGAAGAUGGGGAUCUUAAUCCAUUAUUGGCUGGUCGUGGAUCAGGUUUUUGUUGUGAUAAUAUCUUUAAAAGAUCUAUCUCUAACUCAUCAUCCUGCCUAUGUCUACCCAGCUUAUCAAGAGAUUCCGAUCUUUUCCCGUGAGAUGUAUUGCCGACUUGAAUAACAGGUUGAGAACACGGAGUUUGUAAAGAGAGAAAAGAGAAGGAGGGAGAGAGUAAGAGAAGAGAUUGAUGGCGAAAAUGCCGCUGCAGGCAUGAAGAAAGCCACGUUUUUUUCAUUUGGGUCAGCCCGUCUGACACUAGAUGAGUCGUUUGUUGAAAUUGAGGUCGGACAGUCGAUAAUUGUUGAUGAUCCAGAUGGGGCUUUCACUGUUACUGCAUUUGAUGCCAAUCAUUGCCCUGGGGCUGUGAUGUUUUUGUUUGAAGGUUUAUUUGGCAAUAUUCUUCAUACUGGAGACUGCAGACUCACUCCCGAAUGUCUGCAGAACUUACCAGAGAAGUAUAUUGCGAGAAAAGGGAAGGAGCCCAGUUCUCAACUUGAUUUUGUUUUCCUAGACUGUACAUUUGGCAAAAGUCUUAUGGACAUCCCGAGCAAGCAAUCUGCUCUUCAGCAGGUUAUUAAUUGCAUAUGGAAACAUCCUGAUGUCCCGACUGUAUACCUUACUUGUAAUAUGCUUGGCCAGGAAGAGGUACUUGUUAAAGUUUUUCAAACAUUUGGGUCCAAGAUAUAUGUUGAUAAAGCCAAGCACCCAGACUUUUACCAAGCUUUGGGACUUAUAGCUCCACAAAUCAUUUCCGAGGAUCCUUCUUCUCGUUUCCACUUGUUUGAAGGUUUUCCCAAAUUGUAUGAAAAAGCAAAAAAGAAAAUUGCAGAGGCCCGUGAGAAUAUGCAGCCCGAACCUCUCAUAAUACGACCUUCAGCACAAUGGUAUGCACGUGAAGAAACUGAGCUUACAGUCAUGGAAAGGAAAAUUUUAGAAAGAUCAAACAUUCCAGUGAAGGAUCAAUUUGGUGUCUGGCAUGUUUGCUACUCUAUGCAUUCCUCCAGACAAGAAUUGGAGUGGGCUAUGGAACUUCUAUCUCCUAAAUGGGUUGUUUCAACAACUCCUGAGUGUCGAGCUAUGGAGCUGGAGUAUGUUAAGAAACACUGCUUUAACAAUCGAGCUUCUGAUGAUCGUUUCUGGAAGGUUCUCGAUAUUACUGUUAAAGCUUCUUUAAAAGCAGAUGUAUUGUUAAAAAGUACUGAUGGGUUCUCUUCUGCUGCGGUAACAACUAAUACUGCGGCUUCUGAAGAACUUGAGCUGCAAGUACCAAAGGCAUUGAUUAACCAGGAUCAGCUCUUGAGUUUGCCUCUUCCGAGUAAGAAGCCACCAAUAACCUUAUUUGGACGAGCAAGACUUGGUUAUGAAACUUGCAUCUUGGCUGAAGAAAUUAAAAGUACGCGUGCAGAAGAUUCUUGUAUCGAUGUGGCCACAGAGGAGGUAAAACAGAACGUACUAUCUUCUGAUGAUAUGCAAAAUAUAAUUGACAGGCCCAAUGAGAACAAAGUAGUCGUGGAAGAUGCUGAUCUUGAAUCUGACAUGUUAAGAAGGGAUGCAGUAGUUUGUAAAUCUGUUCCCAAUUCUUAUGUUGGAUCGAAUGGGUUCAGUGACAACUUGCAGAGGCUGUAUAGGUCUAUGCAUGUACCUGUGCCUCGACCUCUUCCUUCCCUGGUCAAACUUAUGAAUUCCAGAAAACGUGCCAAAAGACAGUUCGAGAUUUAGUUAAUAUUCCAUCACAAUUGAAGAAUGAGGACUAAUUCUUCCUAUACCCUGUUCCUGUAAAGAUUUGUCAUUUGCCCAAGAACAGAAAGGGUUUAUAACUUUAGAAUUGGUAAUUAGGGGUAUAGUACAAAUUUUUUAAGAACUUAAUUAUAGCACAGAGUAUUCUUUCAUUUUCUGGAUAAGAACUAGUUUUACCCUGUAUGCGGCACAAGUUUACCAAAAGUGAAAUGAUGUAUCAUAUAGCGCCAUGUGAGUGCUGAGAUGGAGGGUGUCAUGUGGCUGAGUAAUGUGAAAAAUAGGAGUAACAAUUUGAAAUCAUCAAGUAUAGAUGUGUAUUGGAUGUUGUAUUUAUUGUAUUGGAUGUUAUUAUUAUUAUUCCUUUAUGAGAAAAUGAGAGUAUGAGACUAAGAAAGAGAAGGUUGAGUCUCUUUUGAUAUUAGAAAAUACUAAAUUGAUUGAGAUGUAAUCUGUGGACUCAUAUCUCAUCCUCUUAUUCCUCUGCAA